AUGGUCCCUCAAACUAUUGAUCGGCCUUGGUUUCUUGCCGGAGAUUUUAACACAAUUUGCUCUGCCUCUGAAGCUAGUAGCUCUGAUGAUGCUUACUCUGAAGAUAUAGAGGAUCUCAAGCAAUUGCUCUUUCACUUGGAGCUGCCGGACAUAAAGACUAUUGACCUCCAAGACCUCUCGAGUUCUUUAACCUCUAGAGUAAGCAUUCAUAUCGUCUCUGGACAGUGGAAGAUGGAGAAAAGGCAACUUCAGGAAGGUGGUUCCGGAUCUUCUGCUCAAGGAUCAAAAAGAAGGUUCUUGAUUACUUUGCAGUCGUUGGAGAAACGUGCCGGGAGGACUGUCGCCCGGAUCUUGCAAUUCAUAUCAUCUGGCUUAGUGUUGUUCAGCCAGCAUGUUGUGGAUGUAGUUCGGAUCUCUUAUGAGAAGGUUAGUGAGGAAGUGGAACGUGUGAUCUCGCCCUUUCAUGAUCCAUCAUUAAGAGCCCCGUCAAAUCCUGUUGGAACUUCUGAAAUAAGCAGCUUGCGACUGCAGUUUAUUACCAAAAUACCGGCAACUGUCUUCACUAGCAGUCAGAUAGAAGCUGAGGAUGGCACUCCUCUGAGGAUUGAACUAGUAGAUGGCAGGACCAGUGAGAGGAUUAGGAGUGGCCCUCUCUCUUCCAUAAAGCUCCGAAUUGUCGUCCUUGACGGCGAUUUCGGGUUGGACGAGGGAGAGGAUUGGACUGAGAAGGAAUUCAAUUGCAAUACCGUUCGCGAAAGGGAAGGGAAAAGGCCAUUGAUUACCGGGGUGCUGAAUGUAACCUUGCAAGGAGGAAUUGGUUCCCUGCUUAAUUUAAUCAUCACCGACAACUCGAGCUGGAUGAGAAGUCGGAAAUUCAGGUUAGGAGCUCAAGCUGCUCAAAAGAUUUCUACAGAAACGAGAAUAAGGGAAGCAAGAAGUGAACCUUUUGUUGUUAAAGAUCGUCGAGGAGAGUUGAACAAGAAGCACCACCCUCCACUUCUGAGCGAUGAAGUAUGGCGUUUACAGAAUAUAGCCAAAGAUGGCGCUCUACAUAAGCGCAUGCGUUCGAUAGAAAUCAACACCGUUCAAGAUUUCCUCCAGUUGCAUGAAGUCGAUGCGUCCUCUCUAAGAAAUAUGCUUGGCACUGGGAUCGCCAACCGGACAUGGGAGACGAUUGUCAGACAUGCCAGCACCUGUGUGGUCGAUGAUAACAAGAUGUACGCUUACUACCAAGAUUCGAUCAAGGCCAGCAUACUGUUCAAUUCAGUAAUGAAAGUUACUCAAGCAACGCUUGAUGGCCAAACUUACCAGUCGCUAGACAAACUGACCUACUCUCAGAAGAUUCUGGUGCAGAACUUAAGAAGGCAAGCCUACCAUAGCAAAAAUCAAUGGGUGCUGCUUGAUUCCCUGCCCGGCAUCACUGCUUCGAGCACCCUGACCGACUUGCCUAUAGAGUCAUUAAUUGGCGUGAGCCCACCUCUUCAUCAUCCAGAUUACACAGUGCUAAAACAAGCCAUAGAGUCUUAUCAUUGCGACAAUCUUGGAUCCGACCGUGGCAAGCAGCUCGGCAAGGAAGGAUGUUUUGUCCGGCUUUAG